CCUGUAGUAGGCACCCUUAAAAACCUCUCCCACGAAGGGAGGUGGAGGCCCAGGCCGUUCCUUGAGCGAGCAGAGGCGCGGACCCGGCUCCGGACAACGGCCCGGGCGCCUGGUGGCGGGUUCCAACGAACCGCCCGAGUCCUACUCGUUGGCUUUGCGUUUGCACGCUACGGAAAACAGGACCUUGUAGGCGAGGCAAGUCGUCCGACUCUUUCGACUAAGCCACCUGGCAACAGAUCUUGUCUACAGGAUAUAGCAAGAGCUUAAUAAGAUUAGGUGUAAUAAAAGGACCACUCAAAAUUCGAAAAUAGUACCAGCAACGAAAGCGCGGUAAUUGAUAUCGAAUAAUUCCGAAAGGGGGGCUCAACCCCAGCGGCCGAGUGGUCUUAGGAAAUUAAAACAAAUCUCUUAAAGCAGAUAAUAACGUCUUGCGCCCUCUUUGCGGGAUGGCGUUUGAGGUGGGUCCCCAUGUUCCCGCACAGAGGACGCUGCCAGUUAUUUUAUGUUUUUUAGCUUUUUUUAAUUCUCUGUCCCUUAGUUAUCUCUGCCGACAAGCGUUUGACGAGAUUUUCAUCUUUGGUUUUCCCUGCGUGCUCCGCGAAACUUGUCAGGUCACCGGUUCCGAGGUUUCUUCCGAACAAGUCGACUUUCCUUUUGCGGUUGUAUGUCUCCUGCUCCGGUACAGCGCGUAUGUGUUCAGUCUUUACGAUUUUGGACAGUCUGUCGACCACCGUCGGUUUAAUUUUUCUUUAAACGGAUUUCCAACCCCGCCGAAAGUUGCGGUCGCAGAUACGUCAUCUUAUCUUAAUAGUAUUUUGAGCAACCUGAAUACCACCAUUGCCAUCGCCAUGCCUAGGGGGCAGAGUUAAUUCAUGUGAUUCAAAUUGGUGAGUUUUCUUGAUUCCUGUUCAACUUUUCUCUUUUCGUGCGUCUAAGUCCUUUGAUGCUUUCGUGCUAGCAGCACGUAAGGUUAUAGCCUCCUUCAGUUUUUUCAUGUUUGUCAGGUAGUAUGUUAAAUUUUUAUCAAGAUUUGAAUGCUAUUACGUGUAGCCCUCGAUUUUCGCUUGGACGUGUUGCUGGUCGAAAUCUCGUAAUCGGAGUCUGCGUAAAUUGAAACUGUUUUAUAAUGUAAAU